AAUUAUAUUAAACAAGCAUUAAAGGAAUGUAAUUAUAAAAAUAUCAACGUAUUCGCAUAAGUAGUAAGAUUUUAAAAGUUAGUCAAAAAUAACGCAUAUUAACGCGUGUUUCUGUACAUAUAAACAAAUGUACAUAAACAUCGACCUUAUACAUGUAAAGUUUACAUUUGAGCUUAUAUCAACUUUUUCUUUUUUGCUGACAGUAUUCUAACGAUAAGAUCAGUAUAAUAUUAGAAAGCAUAAUCACGGGGAUAUUCAGCAGUGUGAAAAGAUUCUCAAAUAUAACGUGAAAUCAUGGCUGAGAAUACCAGCGGUGACUGUGAUGUGAUGGAAUUAUCAGAGGCGGUGAAAUUGAUCAGUAAAAAUGCACAAGACGUAUUUAUCAAUAAAGAGAAAAUUAAGGGAGUGGCAGAGAACGUAAUGCAACAUUUAAUGAAACAUAUCAAUAUUUUCUAUAAACUUAAUAACAAUUUCUUACGUCCCAAGUCAUAUCCGUAUGAAGUUAAUGAACAGCCGAUAAUGGUGAAUUGGCUAUUUGUGUUGAAUACAUUGAAUUUUUCACUCUGGUAUCCAAAAAAUAUUAAGCAAUGGAAAGUUGAUGGCAGAGAGGGAUAUAUUGGAUUAUGCAAUGCUAUUAGACGGGCCAUUGAAAAUGAAACGCCUGUGUGGAAUCCUGAAUAUUAUGCAAGAAUGACAAAAAGUGAGUUAGAGCAUAUUUUACGAAGUGACGAUGGCGAACCUGACAUUCCACUUAUAGACGAGAGACUUAAGAUUUUACAUGAAGUUGGAGAAGUUUUGUUGACUAAAUAUAAUGGCACUUUCCUAGAAUGUAUAAAAUUAUCCGAUUACGAUGCAGACAAACUGAUGAAAUUACUUUUCGACGAAUUCGAGUCAUAUCGAGACGAAGUAAUAUACGAUGGAAAAAAAGUUCGUUUUCUUGUCAAGGCUAGAUCACUGGUGUGCGAUAUGUGUAUGUACUUUAAGAACAAACCUUCAUUUAAAUUAAAUACAUCAAAUAUGAUGUCUACGAUAUUCACUGAUUAUUGUAUUCCUCAAGUAUUAUUUAAGCUUGAACUUAUAAGUUACAGUAAAAGGCUUGUGAAGAGAUUUGCAAAUAACGAUGAACCACUUGAGCAUGGAAGCAGGGAAGAAAUUGAGAUACGCGGUUGUUCACUUUUCGCAGCCAAAGAAAUAUGCAAAGAAGUGAUUAGAAUAAGUCAGCGUCACGUACAAGAAAACCGUAUUUUAAAGUCAAAAAAAGCAUUUAACCCACAGGUUGCAGUGGAUAAUUUUCUUCUCAAAUUUGCAUUUAUUAUACCUAAAGUAUCAGGACUGAUUGAAAAUGAUGAAUCUUUGAAACUAGACCCGCUCCAUUAUAUUAGAUCCGUGCAUUAUUAAAACAGUUAUUAUAUUUUUUUACAUUAUUGCUGGUUUGUGAGUAACUGAUCAAAGUAUAUAGCCACUGCUUUUGUGAUAAUGUUAUGUUGAUGUACACAUAACAAUAUCAGUAAUAUAAUAUAAAAUUCUAAUGUAAGAUUUUAUCCUAAAAAAUUAUAAUGCAUAUAUGUAUACAUAUAUGUAGAUUUAUCUGGAAAUAUUGAUACAUAUUCGAAUUAAAAAUUAUUCUGAUAUAUGCAAAAAUAAAAGAAGUUAAUU